AUGGCCGCCCAUGACCAUGAACUAAGUUACACCCGUGUCCUCAACAAGGCUACACCGCAGUCUUCAACAAGGCUACACCUGUGUCCUCAACAAGGCUACACCCGCGUCCUCAACAAUGCUACCGCGUCUUCAACAACGCUACACCCGCGUCCUCAACAAGGCUACACACGCGUCCUCAACAAGGCUACACCCGCGUCCUCAACAAAGCUACACCCGUCCUCAACAAGGCUACACCGCACAUCCUCAACAAGGCUACACCGCGUCCUCAACAAGGCUACACCGCGUCCUCACAAAGGCUACACCCGCGUCCUCAACAAGGCUACCCGCGUCCUCAACAAGGCUACGCGUCUUCAACAACACUACACCCGCGUCCUCAACAAGGCCCCGCGCUACACCAACGUCCUCAACAAGGCUACACCCGCGUCCUCAACAAGGCUACACCCGCGUCCUCAACGAGGCUACACCCACGUCAUUAACAAGGCUACCAGCGUCUUCAACAAGGCUACACCCGAUUCACAACAAGGCUACACCAGCGUCCUCAACAAGGCUACCCGCGUCCUCAACAAGGCUACACCGCGUCCUCAAAGGCUACACCCGCGUCUUCAACAAGGCUACACACCGCGUCCUCAACAAGGCUACACCCGCCUCCUCAACAAGGCUACACCGCGUCAUCAACAGGCUACACCCGCGUCUUCAACAAGGCUACACACCGCGUCCUCAACGGGCUACACCCGCCUCCUCAACGAGGCUACACCAGCGCUACCCACGUCCUCCACAGAGCUACACCCGCGUCCUCUAAGCUACACCCGCGUCCUCCACAAGGCUACACCCACCUCCUCUACAGGCCACCAGCCACCUCUCUGCAUGUUCACCUCCUCCACAAAGGCUCACCCGCCUCCUCUACAAGCUACACCACCCACCUCUACAAGGCUACGCCCACGUCCUCUCAGGCCACCGCCACCUCUAGGCUACACGCCAUACACGCUGCCUCCUCUACAGGCUACACAGCCACCUCCUACAGGCUACCCACCUCCUCUACAAGGCUACACCGCCUCCUCAGGCUACCCGCCUCCUCUACAAGGCUACACCCGCCUCCUCUACAAGGCUACACCCGCCUCCUCUACAAGGCUACCACACCCGCCUCCUCUGCUACACCCGCCUCCUCUACAAGCUACACCACCUCCUCUAAGCUACACCCGCCUCUUCAACAAGGCUACUCGCCUCCUCAACAAGGAUACACCGCGUCCUCAACAAGGCUACCUACCUCCUCAACAAGACUACACCGCGUCCUCAACAAGCUACACCCGCCUCCUCUACAAGCUACACCCGCCUCCUCUACAGGCUACACCGCCUCCUCUACAAGCUACACCGCCUCCUCUAAGGCUACACCGCCUCCUCAACAAGGCUACACCCACCCACUCCUCUACAGGCUACACCCUCUCCUCUACAAGCUACACCUGCCUCCUCUACAAGGCUACACCCGCCUCCUCUGAGGCUACCACGUCCUCAACAAGGCUACACCGCGUCUUCAACAAGGCUACACCCGCAUCCUCUCAAGCCCACCCGCCUCCUCAACAAGGCUACACCGCGUCCUCAACAAGGCUACACCCGCGUCCUCAACAAAGCCACCCGCGUCUCAACAAGGCUACCGCCUCCCUCUACAAGGCUACCCGCGUCCUCAACAGGCUACACCCGCGUCCUCUGCAAAGGCUACACCGCGUCCUCAACAAGGCUACACCCGCACGUCUUCAACAAGGCUACCUCGCCUCCUCAACAAGGCUACACCCGCGUCCUCAACAAGGCUACACCUACCUCCUAAACAAGACUACACCCGCCGUCCUCAACAAGGCUACACCCACCUCCUCUACAAAGGCUACACCCGCCUCCUCUACAAACUACACCAGCCUCCUCAACAAGGCUACACCGCCUCCUCUACAAGACUACACCCCGCGUCCUCAACAAAGCUACACCCACCUUCUCCAACACGGCUACACCCGCGUCCUCAACAAGGCUACACCCGCGUCCUUCAACAGGCUACACCGCGCUCCUCAACAGGCUACACCCGCCUCCUCAACAAGGCUACACCCGCGUCCUCAACAGGCUACCCGCGUCCUCAACAAAGCUACGCGUCCUCAACAGGCUACACACGCCUCCUCUACAAGGCUACACCCGCGUCCUCAACAAGGCUACACCCGCCUCCUCUAA